ACAAGGUUAUGUUUAUUUUUUAUUUACCAAAUAUUUAUUGAAUAAAAUUUUUAAGAAUGUUGACGGUAAUUAGACGAAUUUGUACCAAGAAAUUUAUACGAAGGCUGCCUGCAGAUUGUUCUAAAAUAAGCAGUUUCUCAACACUAUGCUCUAAUAUUUUUCAAGCAGAAACUCUUUGCUAUCGUGGGUGCCAGAAAAACCUAGAAUUCUAUAGGUACAAAAGUAAAGAUAAAAAAUCCAAGAGACAAGAUACUGAAAGUGAAACCGAAGAAUCAGAAAAAGAUUUUAUGGAUGAUAUUCAAGACAAGAAUACAAAGACUAUAAAAGUAAACGUAACUUCAAUGCGACUGGACGUAAUACUAAAAUCGGGAUUGGGUUUGUCGCGGAAUAAGCUGGAGACUAUAUUUUAUGAGAGUAAAGUUAGACUGAAUGGGGAAAAGGUAUUAAAGAAGAGUGUACAUGUGCAAAACGGAGAUGAAAUAGACAUUAUUAAAGGAAACAAUGUUAAUAACAAGGAUUUUUUGAUGGUAGCUAGGGUGGAGAUAUUGUCGGCCAUUGGAAAAGAAGAAAGCAUAAGUGUGAAAUUAAGACGGUGCAAGUCCCUUACUGUUGAAAAUUAUGAAGGGAAAAAUCGUUGGGAAGAUUAAGAAGCAUUUGCUCAAUUUAAAGUUAUGUAAGCGAAAAAGAACAUUAAAAUCAAUUAUUCUAGAUACCAAAGGUUUAACGAAUUUUUAAUAAACGCAAUGUUACUUUUCAUCA